ACACUAAAUGCGUAUGUACCUAUUCAGUGACAGCAAUGGCUCAGGCAAUAGGUACAACGUUAGGCGGCUGUCAUAAUGUACUUUGAUCGUCAACUGUCUGUAGUAGGUGUUCAGUUGUCCACUCUGCAAAAGAAAAUUUGAGUGCAAGAUAAUGACUGAAGAGGCUUUUGAUGUGGUGGUGGUUGGCUCGUGUAUGACUGACCUGGUGAGCCAGGCACCAAGGCUACCUAAAGCUGGCGAAACCAUCCAUGGUCACAAGUUCUUCAUUGGUUUUGGAGGGAAAGGGGCCAACCAGUGCAUACAGGCUGCAAGACUGGGGGCCAAAACUGCUAUGGUCUGCAAGGUUGGUAAAGACUUCUUUGGAGACAAUUACAUCCAGAAUUUCAAGGACAGUGGUGUAUACACAGACUUUGUAGGGCAGACCUGUAAUGCUGCCACAGGAGCUGCCUCCAUCAUUGUCAACGAUGCAGGUGAGAAUGCCAUUGUGAUCGUAGCUGGUGCCAACAUGUUGCUGGGCAGCGAGGAUCUUCAUAAAGCUCUUCCAGCCAUCAGUCAUGCAAAAGUGCUGGUGUGCCAGCUGGAGAUCAGCCCUCAGACAUCUUUGCAGGCUUUACGCUUGGCUCAGGAGAGUAAAGUAAAGACAAUAUUCAACCCUGCGCCGGCCAUUCCUGAUCUGGACACAGGUUUCUACAGAGCCUCUGAUGUGUUUUGCUGUAAUGAAUCUGAGGCUGAGCUGCUGACUGGCUCCUCAGUAACUAAUGUGGAGGAAGCUCAUCGAGCCUGUCAGGAGCUGCUGAGGCGAGGCUGCGGGUCAGUCAUCAUCACUUUGGGACCCCAAGGCUGUGUGGUGCUCAAGGCACAGGAGUCUAUCUCAAAACACGUUCCAUCUACUGCAGUUAUGGCAGUGGACACUACGGGUGCUGGAGACAGCUUUAUUGGAGCACUGGCAUUUUACAUGGCUCAUUAUCCUACAAUGCCUCUGGAAGAGAUGGCCCGUAGAGCCAAUCAGGUGGCGGGGGUGAGCGUGCAGGCUGUCGGCACACAGACGUCUUACCCCUUCAGAAAGGACCUACCAGCUGAACUGAUCUGACAGCAGCAAAUCACCAAGUAGACACCAGUUUAAAUGGACCAAGUCUGACGUGGGCCUUGCGAAAUGAGCUGAUUUUGAGAAAUCGGAGAAUGAACAACAUUAUGAAACUACUGGGGAUUGUUAAAGAUGUAACCAGUGUUACUUUAAUGUACAACUGUGCAUUAACAGCUGACAGCCCUCUUUACCCUCGGUUUGCAUAAUUUCAUUUAUUUAAUUUCCCACAUUUCACAAGUGGUUGAAUUACAGGUGCUGGUUUUAACUUGUACCACACUUGACUGGAUUAAGAGUUAGAACUGUUUAAUAGUCACUUAACAUGUUAUUCCCUGACUUAAGAGCUUCAGAUCAAAACAGCUAUGGUGACUGCAAUAAAUAAAAGUCACUUUUAUACAUGAAAAGUGGUGAACAACACUUUGUUGAAGCUUGGUCAGGGUUUAGUGCCAUGGAGAGAGCAGAGGCCUUCAGAUCCAACACAGAUCCAAGAAGAAAUCCUUUGAAGAUGUGUCAAACCAAACAGAAACACUGACAGAUGAAACACCUUGUAUGAUCCAUGAUAAUAAAAAGUCUGUUCAAACCCAAA